AUGGUAGCUUUCAGAGAGCCCAUCACAGAGAGUGCACCUCAUAUCUAUCUAUCAGCUCUUCCUUUCACACCGCUCGGCUCACUUAUGACACAAAUAUUCCGGCCUUUUUUUUCUAACAUGAUCGAUGUAGGUGGCAUAGCUAGGGGUCAUUCCCAAUAUCCCAUUCUCUUCAUUGAUAAGCAUAAGAGCUCUGUCAAUUUCGUCGCGUUCUCCCCCGAUGGCAAGCGCAUCGUCUCCGGGUCUCAUGACAAGACAAUCCGGGUAUGGGACAUAGAGACAGGCGAGGCGGUGUCCCCGCCGUUCGAAGGUCGUACAGACACGGUCACAUCCGUCACAUUUUCGCCCGACGGCAAGCGCAUCGUGUCUUCGUCUCAUGACGCGACGAUUCUGUUGUGGGACACAGACACAGGCGAGGCGGUGUCCCCGCCAUUCAAAGGACACACAGACGGGGUCACAUCCGUCGCGUUCUCGCCCGACGGCAAGCGCAUCGUCUCCGGGCCUCAGGACGCAACGAUUCAGGUGUGGAAUGUAAGGGUAGACGAGCGGGCUUACAAGGCAAAGAGCAUGGGUAGUACCUAA